GACGAACCCCGUUGUAAGCCAGGCAGCCACCCACCAUCGUGCGGAGCGUCGGUCCGCGCACUCGUCCGGGGGUGGCGGCAAGUCCUGCCGGAGCCAGUGCCCGCGCGUCUUUCGCGAUCAACGGACUGCGCGUACCAAAAACGGGAAGGUUCUCUUGCUCGCGUGUCAACCUUCGAAAUAGUGCGUGCCGUUCGUUAUCCUUCAAACCAAAACCCCUUUCUCUUAAUACCUUCUGAUAAUCUCAAUCUUACGUUUUAUCUAUCGUUUAUUUUCUAAAAAAGAAAGAAAAAAGAAAAAACUACUCCUUCCCUUUUCCCCAAGCAUGAAUCUGCCAAGAAGGACGUUCCUUCGUUCCCAAUUCGAAAAUAUCGCGAAUUAAUUCUGAACUUUAUUCUUGAACGAAAUAAAGUUAAGGCAAUUUUCUUAGUGCUAUUUCUGAUCGAAACGUUCAAGAUAAUGUUCGAAAUGGACGAUACACGAAUGAAUAUAUUUACUACGACCAAGUGAUACGGAUUAAGAUAACGACAGUGUUAUCUAUGAGAGUUUCCUGGAAAAUCUGCAAACGAGAGAACGUUUCUCUCGAGUGAAAAUUUGUGAAACUUCUGUGAAAGAUAUUUCGAAGGUAUUUCUUUCUUUGACCGAUCUAUCUCGCCGAGCGAUACACGAUCCUUUUUAUUUAAUAAAGCGAAUCUGGAAAUAUUAUUCUCGUAUUUAUGUGGAAAAGUUUUUUUGCUCUAUUCUACACUUUUUGUUCGUUGGCUAUAGUGUUUCUAUAUAAUGCGGACCACACGAUCGAUCGUCUUCGAAUGCGCUAUGUGAAGGACAAAUAAGCCUCGUGAUUUCGAAGAAAUGUGCGAAUUGUCCAAUGUUCGAUAAUUAUGUUACGCAGGACAAGUUGCUGAAAGAGUGCCGAGCGAAGCGAUUUAGCACGAAGUGAGUGUUUAGUAAAUUGAUCGGACGAAUGAACGAACGACAUAUCGGGCGUUCCUUCUUAUAUUCGUGAUUUAUGAGAUUUCAAAUAUAAAAAGAAGACUGGGUAACAAAACUUCGGGACAACAUAUAAAGUGAUCGUGAUUACAGAGUUCCUAGAGUGAUGAAAUUGAGACGUUUCCUGACAUAAAUCGCACAAGACUUAAAGCAAGAUGGACGAUCGCGUGGCUCGGAAGAACGUUCGCGUAGGUCGAUGGAUCUUCGUUAGCGCGUAAUUUUCUGUGAAAGUAUUAACGUAGCCGUGUAUCGCGUGCAUACGUUCGUACGCUCUGUCGAGUUUUUCGCUCUCUUCUCUACGAACGUGUGUCGAGCAGAAACGAUGCUGUAACCGUGCAGCUGCGAAGCGAGCUCACGACGGACACGAUGGCACUGUUGUUCGCCGUAAUCGUCAUCCUGGUCACCACUGCCAUGUCGCUGCCACCUGUCAUCAGAAUCGGUGCUAUCUUCACGGAGGAUCAGAAGGACAGUCCCUCGGAAUUAGCUUUUAAAUAUGCAAUAUAUAAGAUCAAUAAGGAUAAGACUCUUUUGCCAAAUACAACGCUGGUCUACGAUAUUCAAUAUGUGCCUAAGGACGACUCUUUUCGGACGUCAAAAAAAGCUUGUAAGCAGCUAUCGAGAUCCGUUCAAGGUAUUUUUGGACCUUCGGAUCCUCUUUUAGGAGCUCACAUACAGAGUAUAUGCGAAGCUUUGGAUGUACCUCAUCUUGAAGCAAGGGUCGACUUUGAGCCAACGUUCAAGGAAUUUAGCAUAAAUCUCUACCCGGCUCAAGAUCACCUCAACAAAGCCUUUAAGGACCUCAUGUCCUUUCUGAAUUGGACCAGAGUUGCCAUCAUUUACGAAGAGGAUUAUGGUUUAUUUAAACUACAGGAUCUUGUAAAAUCACCACCAUCGACAAGGACAGAAAUGUAUAUACGUCAGGCAGGACCUGGAUCUUACAGACAAGUUUUACAAGAGGUCAGGCAUAAGGAAAUUUUCAAAUUGAUCGUUGACACGGAUCCAGCGCACAUGCAACAAUUUUUUCGUGCUAUAUUGCAGUUACAAAUGAACGACUACAGAUACCACUACAUGUUCACAACGUUCGACAUUGAAACGUUCGAUCUGGAGGAUUUCAAGUACAACAGUGUCAACAUGACGGCGUUCCGCUUGGUCGAUCUCGAGGAAACCAAGGUCGCCGAGACGCUUCGACAGAUGGAACGCUUCCAGCCGAUUGGCCAUGCGAUUCUAAAUAAAACCGGUGUGAUCCAGGCAGAACCAGCUUUAGUGUACGACAGCGUACAAGUUUUCGCCCAUGGGUUGGCAGCAUUGGAUCGAAGCCACGACCUAAGACCCGCCAACUUGUCCUGUGAAAAAGAAGAGCCCUGGGACGAUGGUCUUUCGCUUUACAACUACAUCAAUUCCGCAGGCUUACACGGGUUAACCGGACGCAUAGAAUUCAACGAAGGCAAAAGAAAUAAUUUCAAAUUGGAUCUACUCAAGUUGAAGAAGGAAGAUCUUGUAAAGGUAGGCGAAUGGAAGCCUGGAAGCGGCGUUAAUAUCACGGAUGUGGGAGCCUUUUAUGAAACGACGGCGACGAAUAUCACGCUGGUCGUAAUGACAAGAGAGGAGAGACCAUACGUAAUGGUAAAGGAAGAUAAAAAUUUAACUGGAAAUGCAAGAUUCGAAGGAUUCUGUAUCGAUUUACUUAAAUGGAUUGCUGGACAAGUUGGCUUUCAAUAUGUUAUUCGUUUGGUACCCGACCAUAUGUAUGGAGUUUAUAAUCCUGAUACCAAAGAAUGGAAUGGCAUCGUACGCGAGCUCAUGGAGAAGAGAGCAGAUCUUGCAGUUGCUUCCAUGACGAUCAAUUAUGCCAGAGAAAGCGUAAUAGAUUUCACGAAGCCUUUUAUGAACCUUGGUAUUGGAAUCUUGUUUAAGGUGCCAUCCAGUCAGCCGACACGACUCUUCUCCUUCAUGAAUCCAUUGGCAGUGGAGAUUUGGUUGUACGUAUUGGCCGCGUACAUGCUAGUCAGCUUCACACUCUUCGUGAUGGCAAGAUUCAGUCCUUAUGAAUGGAACAAUCCGCACCCUUGUUUAGCGGAUAGUGAUGUCGUCGAAAACCAGUUUAGCGUUAGCAACAGCUUCUGGUUCAUCACCGGUACUUUUCUAAGGCAGGGCAGCGGGCUCAACCCCAAGGCGACCAGUACGAGAAUAGUUGGUGGAAUAUGGUGGUUUUUCACGCUCAUAAUCAUCUCCUCGUAUACGGCAAAUCUCGCAGCCUUUUUAACGGUUGAAAGGAUGAUAACGCCGAUAGAAAAUGCUGCCGAUUUAGCGGAACAAACCGAGAUAUCUUAUGGCACUUUGGAAGGUGGCAGUACAAUGACUUUCUUUAGGGAUUCGAAAAUUGGAACUUAUCAAAAAAUGUGGAGAUUCAUGGAAUCGAAAACUCCUUCCGUUUUUGUAAAAACUUACGAGGAAGGGGUAAAGAGGGUGUUGGAGGGUGAUUACGCGUUUCUCAUGGAAUCUACGAUGCUGGAUUAUGCAGUUCAAAGAGACUGCAAUUUGACACAAAUAGGAGGUUUAUUGGAUAGCAAGGGAUAUGGAAUAGCCACGCCGAAAGGCUCACCCUGGAGGGAUAAAAUAUCUCUAGCCAUUCUCGAGCUACAGGAGAAAGGUGUAAUACAGAUCCUCUACGAUAAGUGGUGGAAGAAUACGGGAGACGUGUGUAAUAGAGACGAGAAAAAUAAGGAAAGUAAAGCUAGCGCUCUAGGAGUCGAAAAUAUCGGUGGUGUCUUCGUCGUACUACUCUGCGGCCUUGCUCUAGCAAUCCUAGUGGCGAUUCUCGAGUUUUGCUGGAAUUCCAAGAAAAACGUUCAUUCCGACAGGUCACUCUGCGCCGAAAUGUUCUCGGAAUUGCGUUUCGCCGUGCGCUGUGGAUCGCGACAGAGGCCAGCUUCAAAAUCGCGGAAUUCCUCAGUCCCUGUAUCAUGCGGCCGUUGCAGUCCACAUGCUACUAGGAGAAGGACGAGAUAUUAUUCGAGUGGACACGAAGAGACCACCUAUGUACCCAGCUUGGAUAUACCUAGGUUAAAUGCAGGAGGGUGGUGCAUUGCCGAUGACGGAGAUGAAGAAAUCAUUGAGCUUCGAUCAAGUGGGGGUGGCCCGUGGCGGGAACACCUAGCACAGGCCUCAUCCUCAUCCUCGUCCUCAGCAACAGCAACAACAGCAGCCGCAACAGCAGCAGCAGCAGCCACCACAGCCAGCGUGCAAAGUCACACCUACGCACACACGUCACACACACUGCCACUCUCAUUCACACAAUCACAGCCACAGUCACAGUCACAGUCACGCGCACAAGCACCAGGCAGCCCCAUUGAAACAGAGACGGGGCUCUUCAGGCAUCGUCUUGGGUCAAGGUUAGAUGCGUUCGAUGUCGAUGACGAAGACUCGUUUCUCAGAGGUGACCACCCUGAAAGCAUCCUCUGGAGAUUCGAUUGCGAUCUAGGGGGUGAACCGGACGUGGUGAUCUCUCCGCCACCCCCACCACCACCGCCACCUUCUGCAGCGGUUUCAAGGACCACGACUCUUUGACCUAUACUAGAGGAGGUGCCUACAGGUGUGCCCGUCCAGAAUGAGCUGCCGACUCAAGCCUCCGUCGUGAUCAAUGUGAUCAAUCAAAAGGAGACGUGUUUAUAGCACACAUAGUCGGCGGAACGAACGAACGAACGAACGAAAUCCGCCGUGAUAUGCGCCGAACCAAGGAUGACCGAAAAUUCCUCCGUGACUCCUUGAACCUGCUGUUGAUACUGCCCCUGCUAAUGCCGCUGCUAUUGCCGCUGCUAUCGCCGCUGCUGACGUUACGUCAAUGGACAUGCGUUUCCGAACGCGUUAUCGCCGAUAAAGAGGCAGGUAUUCGUCUUCAAACUAUUCGAGAGAAAUCUUUCGUAGCAAUUCUUCGUUUUUGUAUUUUUCUGUUUUUUUUUUUAUUUAUUUAUUUACUUACUAUUUCUUUUCGUUGUUGUUGUUUUCCUACAAAUCAUCGAGACGUUAUCUUUCUCUCGAAUUCAGAAUUCAAAGUCAAUUAAGAAGAUGAAUUAAUAAUUACUGUCUAACUUAAUAGGGAUAAAAUCGUUCGCUAGAUCGACGAAUACCUGUGUCCGAUAGUAGAAACGAGAAUACAGAGGAACAAUGUUCGAAUAGAAAGUCAAACAUAUCGAUCGAAAUCUUUUAGUUUAUUUUUUAACGUUCGAUAAGGCGAACCGACGUAAAAACCGAUGAUUGAUUGAUAUUUGAUAGAAGAAUGGAAAAACUAUUCAUACAUUACUGUUUAUUACUUUGUUGUUGUAGAAACUUGUUGUAAAAAAAAAAAAGAGAAAAAAAGAAAAAAAGAGAAACAAAAAGAAAAAGCAACUCGAUCUCUCGAGUAUCGUUUUAUCGAAACGUUCGAGUGGGAUAAAUCGAAAGGAUGAGCCAAAAAAUAUACGUACGUCGUUGCAGUCGGACCAAAUUCGAAGCGAUCACUGCCAAGCUUAUAAAUUAUUAUUCGCAACGUCGAAUACGAUAUCGACGAAGCACGGACAAAGUUUAUAGUCUGACCGAUCGUGAAUUAUAAAGUUAGAGGUAUCGCUAAGAACGAUGGCCUAAAUAUAAUAGCUUUAGCUACGUUACGCAAUUAAUAAUCCGAUCUGUACGUCCGACUUCGGACUCUCGACGCACGAUUCAACGCAUUAUUCAAUGAAUUCGAAAAAUCGAUUACAAAGAUUUUCAUUCCGAAUAAAGCUUAUUGGCGUCGUAAUAAUAUCGUAAAAAUGCACAAUAACGUAGGGUUACUGAUAUUGGGCGAGAGCGAAUAGGUACUUCAAAAUUAUUCUGGAGGACCGAAGGAAUGCUCGAAUUUCGAAGGAAAUUAAAAGAAAAAAAAAAAAGGAAAAGAAAAAAUGAAAAAGAAAUUAAAAAAAAGGACAAAGACCAGAACGCGAAUUCAAUUUUCAAACGAAACUAAAUCCAUGGAAAAAGUAAUUCAAAAAUUCUAUAAUUCAAAUCGAUCGUGACUCGUUUCAUAUAUAUAUACAUAUAUAUAUACACACACACACACACAUACAUACAUAUAUUAUCUACAACUAAACUCGAUUCGAGCUUACAUACGUGAAAAAUGAAUUAAUGGAUCGUUAUCGAUUUCGACCAAAUUAGAUACACGUAUAUUGAAAAAAUGAAACGCGUUAAAAUUUUAAAGAGUCGAACUUAUCGGAUAUUCUCUUUUUUUUUCAAAUUCGAAUAUAAACGAUCACGUUUGCAAAUGUUUGCAUUCGUACAUCGAACGACGUUAAAAAACUAAAUAGAAUUUCGCGCAACUUUUUAAAAAUAUUUUAAAUGAGGGAAAAUCAUUUGAGAAAAAAUUUUCCUAUGGAGCAUUUUCGUAAUGAAGACGAUUAAACGAAUUUUCACGAUUCAUUAAGAAAAAGCUCUAAACGAAAACACUCGGAUCAGUAAUUAAUUCCUGGAAGUUAACUUUAGCUCUUCGAAUACGUUGGAACGAUAUCGUUUGCAUGUAUAACGACUUGUACAUAUGUAUAUAUAAAUAUACAUACAUAUAUAUAUAUACACACACAUAUAUAUAUAUAUCUUGUAUUAACAUACGUGUAAACCAUAGAUAAAAGGUGUGUUAGGUCGAUAAGAAUCUUAAUCAUAUUUUGACACGAUCGACGCGAAUUUAUUAUAUAUAAAAUGUUAAUAUAUAUAUAUAUAUGUAUAUAUAUAUAUAUAUAUUAUGUGUAUAUACAGCGAAUGUGUGUUUUUUCACGAAAGAUAAAAGAUAUUAGAAGAACGCAUGUACAACGACGAUUUAAAUCGCCCACUCGUUUUUUAAUGUUACGUCUGUGAGAAUUGUAUAACAUGAAUGUAUCAUGCGUAUCGUGCCAUUAUUUCUUCAAGAAUGAAAGAGUGAAAGAGUUGUGCGAAUGAGAGAGAGGUAGCUAAUUACACGAUUUGACAGAUUUAUUAGAUACGUUACAUUUCCUUUUUUUUUUUUCAAGAAAUAACAGCAUCUAUGUAAAAACGAUAACAAGGUAUUGUCUCAGAACGCAAUUUCACUGCGAGACGGUACUUUGAUUUUCGAAUUGGUGAGAUCUUGUAAAUCCGAUCUGUUAUUAACGUCGGGAGAAAAAAAAAACAAAAUAAAAAAACCGACAACAGAAAUAAAAAAAGAAAAAAAGAAAAAAAGGACAAAGCAUCGAAGACCGACUUAACAUCGUGUUAUCGACUUUUCAUAAUUAAACGGUAGUAUUGUGUAUAAUAAAAAAUAUACCAUCUCUUUUCUAAUUAA